ACAGAGUUAUUUUUGACAACAUCAAAAUAACCACUCAAGUGUCAGAUUUCAACCAAAAGUUAAAAUUAACCACGAAAUGGUUCACAGCCUAACUGAUAUAAAUUUCGAUUAAUUGAUUGCUAUUAAUCGAUUAGCUCGAUUAGUGGAACUGUCGUUAAUCGAUGACAAAUAUUCGAUUACUUCUUAGCCUUUUAUCGAUUAUUUUGAUUAAUCGAGUAAGAAAAUACAUCACUAGACGUCAAAAUGAUGAAUAGCAAUGCAUUUCUGUGAAUAGUGUUUACUAGUACAUCAAACUUUUUAAAUAGGUAAGCAAUUUAUGCUGUUGCACAUACUUCGACAAAAGAAUAGAUAAAAUAAGUGAUUCCAUUGUUGGUCUUGUUUUUAAGAGAUUUCGUCUACGUGCAACAAUGUCUUCAAAGCGUAAAUCCGAACCUGUUAAGAAACCAGCAAAACGAAACAAGAAAAAAGUCGAUGAAGAUUAUAGUUCAGAUCUUAGCGACGACUAUAAAGCUGAUGAUAUACCAGUAGAGGAAGUCAUCAUUCCAUCCGUCGUAGUUAGUUUAGAACAAUUACCCAAGGAGUUGUUGAAGACUUAUGAUAAAGAACCCGGUCAACUACUCAUUUCUGGCAUGAUAACGUGGGAUAUAACAGGAAGAAAAACAGGCCCAAAAGGAAUAACGAAAAUUCGUCCGAAUCUAUAUUCGUUUCAUCGAUUUACGUCUGACAUGUAUCGUUCAGCGGUCAGUGGAUGCAACUCUGCACAUUCCGUACUUAUAAACAUGGAAAGAAAAGUUUUAACCUUUGGUCGCAACUCUUUUGGUCAGCUGGGCCAGGAUGAAUUAAAGACAUACGAGACUCCGACGUUAGUUGAUGGCUUGGAAGAUCUGAAUAUAAUUCAAGCUGCGUGUGGAAAAAAUCAUACUCUAUUUUUAACUGACACUGGAACCGUUUUUGCAUGCGGUGAUAACAAAAGCGGGCAAUGCGGUGUUGGGAAUUCGCAACUAUCCAUCUUGAAACCAACUCGUCUAAAUUAUUCUGGACCACCUAUAAUAAAAAUUGGUUGCGGUGGCGAUUUUUCAACUAUACUUGAUCUAAAAGGAAAUUUGUAUUCCUUUGGGUUACCAGAGUAUGGUCAACUUGGACACAAUACUGAUGGAAAAUAUUUUAUCACUUCUACAAAAAUGUCGUUUCAUUAUAUAACAUCACCCAAGAAAAUUGUUCUGUACGUAGAAAAGACUAAAGAUGGCCAUGCCACUCCGGUUGAUGAUGUGAAAAUAGUAGACUUUUCAUGUGGUACUAAUCACACGGUAGCAAUUGAUUCGAAACAUAGAGCAUUCAGUUGGGGUUUCGGAGGAAUUGGUCGACUUGGUCAUGCGGAACAAAAAGAUGAAAUGAUUCCAAGACUUAUUAAGUUCUUUGACUUCCAAAACCGGAAAGUACAACGUGUUUUCUGUGGAGCCUCAUAUAGUCUCGCUACAACCGAUAUUGGAAAUUUAUACAUGUUCGGUCAAAAUAAGAAAACUGGCGAAGCUAACAUGUACCCCAAACCGGUGCAAGACUUAGCAGGAUGGAAUAUCAUAAGUAUUGGAACUAGCUUUACUUCUAUUGUUAUAUCAGCAGAUGAUUCCUUAAUAGCAUGGGGAGCAUCACCAACAUUUGGAGAAUUAGGCUUAGGUGAUUUACAAAAGUCAUCAGCAUCACCUAAAACAGUAUCCCGUUUGGAUGGCAUGAAGAUUCCACAAGUAUCAAUGGGUUAUUCGCAUACAUUAUUACUCGUUAAUACAGAACACGAAUUAACUAAACAAAAAUAUGAUGCAUUCCAAGAAUUUACAAUAGAGUAAAAAUGAUUAUCAAAUACCUAUACUCAAGCAGAGUCUCUGAAAAGAUUUUUCAUUUUUUGUACGUAUAUUUCAAAUUAAAUUACAUCCCGUAAGCUAUAUAAGUAUUUUGCAAACUUGGCUGAGCAUGAACAAUGAAAUAAAAAAAGAUAAUAUCCCUAAA